AUGAAAAACACACGCUUGUCCACCCUGCAUAAAAAUCGGUGCAUUUCUCAAAAUAUGACACUUUUGGCUGUGAAGACCUUCGGUGUGAUUUUAGGAGUCCUGCCACGCUUGUCUGGUUCUCAGUGCCACCGUGCCAAGCAGGCCAUUCUCAGCGUCAUCCAGAUUACGGUGACCAUUAGCAAGGGAGUUGGAUACGGUAGUUUGUAUAUAGCGUACCUGUGGAUCCCUGGCUAUGGAGACACGGAUAUGUCCAUGAAGAUAACUGAGGCGUUGUGCACGAUUUCUCUGUUUAUUUGCUCCCUGCUCAUCAUCCUCUGGAUGUGGAAACACUCCAGGAGUCUCUCGUCAGUCAUCAAGACCUGCAACAGCAGUACUCCCGAAGGAACCUACCCGCCAGAUGUCUCUCCACACCUCAUCCAGACAUCUGGAGUGGCAGUGAACAUAUUCUUAUUGUGGUUCAUCAUAUUCCAGGCAUUGUAUGAGGGUAUAGUGUACGGCCUGUGGUAUAUGAUCUAUGACAUGAAUAUUGGAAAUGUGUUCCUAAAGGUGCUCUUCCUGAUCCUUCACAUGUGGAUCACCAUAAUCGUACGCUAUCCUCAGAUUCUGUGGGUUGCCAUCGGUACUGCACUGCAACACCAAUUUGCGCAUUUCAACCGCGUGAUUGAGGACGCAGCCCGAGCAGGCCCUCGCGUGGCACGAGCCGUGAAGCCUCCCGCCGCCGAGCCAGGGGAGGGCGUCAUCGUGGUGCUCGCCGCCCGGAGUCACGACGCGAAAGACGGCCCUGAGUGCCAGGAGCGGGGCGGCGAGGACACCAAGUCUUGCAGUCAGGCAGAGAGGAGUGAUGCAAGUGACGCAUCCUCUCAUUACCAAAAAGUUCGUGCCAAUUUAGCUUAUAUGAGAAAGAGAUAUCAGCAGUUACAGCAGGUUCUGCGAGAUGUGGAGGCGGUGAUGGCUGGGCCUCUCCUGAUCUCGAGUUUCUAUACCUUCAGCGCCACCAUCAUCUGCCUCUUCCACGGCAUUGCGCUCGACAUCAGCUUAAUCUUCAAGAUAUUAACCAUGACCCAGUGUGCCCUGCAAAUUAUCAUACUGUGGAUCCAAGGACAGGUUGCAGACUCCAUUAUUGCCGAGGGACAGAAAACCAGCCACAUCCUUAUGGAAAUUGCCGAAGCAGCGACCGAACACGCUCCUCUUCCUCCAAAGGCAAAACAGACGAUUUUAGUCAUGUCGAUGGAGAGGUUGAGCCGCAAAGGACUAGGAACUCGGGUGUGCGGUCUCUUCACGCUGUCUCGGAGGAAUACCCUUGCGGUAGCCGGUGCAUCGACAAGCUACCUACUCAUACUUCUCCAGUUCCAUCUAGCAGAUCUAUAAGAUGAAGAAGCCAAUGUGAAAUACAUAUGAACUAUGUCCUUCAUCCCUUAUGAACGGGUGCCAGUAUACAGCAUGGGGAGCCGAAGCUAAAGUGAUUAAUCGUAGACGCAAAAUUGCUACCUGAUAGUCUACAGUCUCGGAAAAUAUAAUAUGCUUCCUCCGCUGCACAAAGAAACACGCUUUGUCUGAUCACCUUCCGUGCCGCGACGCCUUGCUGGUUGAGAUGCCUUGCGCCCGCCGCCCACACUGUGACAUCGAUUAAGCUCAGCAUUUUGCACGUACAACUUUGUUGCUCACUGCAGUGCAACCUCAGAUUGAAUCGUUACCCUCUCAACUAUUCGCAAACCUAGAGAAUGCAGUGUGAUACAGGACAAUAAUAUUUCACCGGUUUUAUAUGGAUAUGAGUAGUGAUAGUAUAAGAAAAGUUAUCUGAUGGAAUUUAUAAAAUAAUGACAGUAAAUGUAUUAAUUGUUAAAAUCACAAAAGAAGUAUCAUCCUACAAAGAAUGGGUAAGCGAGAACAUAUGUAUUACAUAAUUCAUACUUGCGCAGUACUGUGAAACAAAGAAUUGAGGAACUCACUCAUCGGAUUUCUUCUGGUUGUGUGUUCUUGCAGGUGUGAAAUGUAAAUGGAAAAAUAAAGUAUACAAGAGUUGAUC